UACCUUGUUUGAAACUGAACAGAGUGUUUCAUAUCAUACCUCUAUUUGAACAAGAAGGAGCCAUGUUCGCGUAUUCAUGGACGCGGAUUUAGAACCGAGUCUAGCAAUGGAUUGUAAAUAAAGUAUGGGAAUUGUUCAUGGGGACCUCGGCUUCCGUCAUUGAAGAUUUUUCAGAGAGACCAGCAUGGACGAAAGUCGUUAAGUUUAACGCCAAUUUUUAUAACGACAAGAUUCUAGACACUACCAGGGGCUUUCGUCAAAUCAAUAACAACUCAGUGGAGCUUACACUAAGCACGAAGGGCACAGUGGAAUGUGUCCGAUGGAGCCGCGGAUUCAACACCGGAAAGCACGUGAUCGAGUUCAUAUUCCCCGUUCGACUACGCGGCCGACACGCCCGUGUUGGACUUGGACCGGAUUCUGUGAUACAAGGUGCUUCGAAUGACCGGAAGUGGCAAGGAACCAAAGGAACGUACACGAUUGAUCUCACGACCGGAAAAGCGUACCAGGACCAAACUGUUGUAGGAAGAUUACCUGGAACAAGCGUCAUGCCAGAUUGGUUUUUCAUGUUUGUGGAUAUGGAUAAUGGUACAGUACAGUUUGGUUCAGAUCAUCUCUACUUCGGAACAGCAUUUACGAACGUGAAUGUAACGAAUGAAUCGUUGUAUCCAAUAGCUACCGCCUCGGUGACAGGGGCAAUUAUCGGCAUCAUCUAUCGAGGUCAAGGUAAAGAAGUGAAUGGUCCUUUAAGAAAGAAGAGGUCGAUCAUCCCAGAAAAACUGCAUGACGUUGUUGUGAAAUCGUGAUCGUUUACUUUUUUAUGAUUAUUAUUAUUACAAUUAUAUAUUCACCCGUUUAUGUUUUGAAGACUGUCAGCAUCGGAAGGAAACAUUACCGCGAUAUACACAUUUAAGAAAUUGGAGAAUCAAACAGUUUCGAAAAAGUGGUUAAAAGGCUUACGCCCGAACCAAUCUACCAUUUUUGUGGUUACGUGAGACAAUCGAGGUGUUACAAAUUCAUACAUUAACACAAAACAAUUAGCGGAUCCAACCUAUGGACAUUCCUGGACUCGAACGAUUUUACUCAUCUUAAUAAAAUUAUUAAGAAAAAUAGGGACCUAGAACCUUUUAACGAUUAUUGUUAACAUUAACACAUUACAAUAAUGUAUUAUUAUUGUAUUUAAAAUUGUGUGUGUCUAUACGAAUGUAUAUGCGCAUAUUUAAUAAUUUGUUUUAACAGCCCUCGUGUGGCCUGUAAGUAAGUUAUGUAAUGCAUAAAUUACCUUUUAUUUAUAAUUUAUUUUAUUCAAAAUGUUUAUUUAUUAUGUCACAUUAUGUCUUCUAACAAGAACACUUGUUA